AUGGCUGAACUACGAAGGAACACUGAAUUAUGCCAGUCCAAGUUCGACGCCGAACGCCGCGAAUGGAUGCGUAGUAUUCAAACAGUGGAGGAGAGCAAAGCACAGAACGCAGGCAGUGGCAAAGCCGAAAUUGAUAUGCUGAAAGCGAAAGUCAGUGAACUGAGCGCAGCACUGGCGGAUGCGGAGCGGACUCGUCUUUUCCUGCUCGAGGAUAACGGUAAAAUAAAGCAGCAGAAGGCGAAGCUAAGGUAUUUCAUUGCUUUUGUUGCCAACUGCACUAAUUUAUCUCAGGAAGUCAUGUCACUACUCUAUUAUUAUGCAUUUUUGCAUAUAUGCAAAUGCAAAAACGCAUAUUGUGACAACCUAUGGUUUCCUUUUGCAGCGUUGCUUUUGCCCAAUGUUUUAAUGCCGCACUUGGUAGCGUAA